CACCAUCACGAUACCCCUCUCUCUCUCACUCUAAUUCAAUUCAUCAAUUCUCUCUCCUCCUAAAUCUCUCAUUCUGAACUACAGAACCAAAACCACCUCCAAUACCUGAAAAACGAACAACCAACCCCAACCCAAAACAUUAACAAUGUCAUUACAAACCCCCCGCAUCCUCCCCUCCCACCUCCACGCCUUCCACUCCUCCUCUACCAGCACCAACACCUCCGGCCCUCGAUCCUCCCAUACCGUUCGUAUCCUCGGCACCGUGACGGCUCUCCGGGGCGAUACCGCCACCAUCACAUGUGGGAAUCAUGGCGAUGUUACUCUCAUCCUGAAACCGGAUUCGCAUCUUCAGAUGGGGAAGUUGGUCGAGAUUGUGGGGAAGGUUGCGGAUUUGGAGGGGGGGGGCGUUGGGAUUCGUGUCCUUGGGUCGAUGGAUUGGGGGAAUCCGGCGGAUUGUGACUACAGAAUCUACGAACAGGUCGUGAACGCUACGCAUCGACUGAAGCCGAUUUUUUAUGAUGAAUGAGUUAUUACAUGUGUCCUAUAAAUUUCAAUUGAAUCGAGUUGUUCUAUUUAAGGGAUUAAAAGAAAUUACUGGGUAUUGUGGUUGUGUAGUCGGGGAUAUUUUGCUGGUAGGCAUAGUCUGGAAAUACUAUAUGGGUUCGGGUUGCUGUGCUGUCUGGCGGGUAGUGCUUCUUGGGUGUGGUUCAUAUGGGAUGGGGAUCUGGGAUGGGAGAUAAUGCAGUGGAUAAUGGUUGUCGAGGCUGUAAUCUGGUGCGUGUAUGGGGUAUCUGGGUGUGUGGCCUGCUCAUGAGUGGACUUGACAGAUGUUGAGACGUUGGCGUUUGGGCUGUUUCAUUGAUCGAAUGGGUUGUGAUUUGAUUAUGGAUUAGAUGAUAUUACAUAUUACUGACCACUGAUCCCAUGAAUGAGUAUCAGUAAAGGUG